ACGUCAUACGUAAUUGGAGCUCUGACCGUUAUGUUUACAGCCACUAGAACCCCUAGUACUUGGAGACAGUCGUACAGACUUGCUGUUUGUGUACGUCCGAAAGGUCAAUCUAAUGAGGUCAACGGUAGCAAAGUUGACACUGGCAGACAUGUUUGUGAUUGGGAAGAGAUGAAGCAGCGAGGAACAAGAGUCCUUCGAGUGUGUUUUCUUGCAUUACUGUUUGGAAUUAUGCUCAUUCCUACUGGUGCCUAUUUGUCAUCUGUCGACUUACCUACUACGAAUGGCUCAGCUUCAAAUGAAUCAUCUCUUUCAGCAAGCUCUUACCAGAGUACUUUGCAAGCGAAUGCCAGUAGGCAUAAUCACUGUCGGUCUCCAUUGAGGAGAGCUGAUAAUGGUGAUUGUUACUUCCCUUGUGGUGAAUGGACAUGGUUGCCUGCAGUUGAAGAAGGAAGCAAGAAACCUGUUCUCUUCGUAGAAGCUAUCGUACAAGUUCUUAUUGCAGUUGCUGUAUUCAUUACGUGGAUUAAGCUAAGAGAUACAUUAUGGCAGUUUCCUCACAUUAUGUCUUUCUACAUGGUUGUGAACACAUUUGUGUUGGGUCUAGCAGAUAUAGCUGAACUUAUAAGCAGUGAAUCUGACUUACAUUGCAGCCAUCAAGAUUUGCUAGAAUCAGUGAAGAAUCCAUCUUUGCGGUGCAUAAUUAUCAGUGUGGUGUUUCAAUAUGCUAUUCUUUCGUUUAUGUGUUGGUGGAUCUGCUCAGCAAUCAAUCUUUGGUGGAUCAUCCGUAGACCAUCACAAGCUCGUUUCUUCUCAAAUCAAGCAAAGAUAAAGGUUCAUAUUAUUGAGUCAUUGAUAUCGUGGUUGUUGCCUGCUUUUCUUGUGAGUGUGCCAUACAUGACUGGAACGUCAUUCAGAGUUGGUUUUAGUCAUCCUCGUUGUGCACCUGCUUCUAAAGAAUUAGCAUAUUUUACAGUGGGAUUACCAUUGCAAUUGGGAUCGUUUCUUCUUGUGGUGCUGCUGUCUGAUGUUGCAAUUGGGCUGAAUCAGGCUGUUAAGAGGCGAAGAAAACUGCAAACUGAAACUCUGAAAUCCAUGCUACAUGCUAAUACUAAUCAAGUGAAUGAGAUACGUGUGUUGCAGUGGAGAUUUUAUUUGUUGGCAAUCAUGACACCAAUCGUCUCAACUGUUAUGUUUAUCAGUUUCGGAAUCAAAGCUCGAAAUUCUGAAGUUGUGUCUUUGUAUGUAAAAGAGUACUAUAAUUGCUUGAAGAAUCAGCCCGACAGCUGGGACUGUCCACAAACAUUUCUUGAUUAUCAAUACCCAGUCCUCACCAUUAUUGCCCGCUUAGCGGUAAUUCUAUAUUCAAUUGCUCUGGUGGCAUACAUUUUUCUAUCCAAAGAAGCAAGAAGUGUUCUACCAUGGAAUGGUUGUUUCAGCAGGUGUCGGUGACAUGAUCCUACCAAGGACCAGUCGAUUGAUGUCCCCACCACGUCAGUUCAGUCGUGUAGUCAGUGAUCUUGAAUUGAGGUUACAGCUAUAGCAUAGAGAUAUACUAUCAUAAUGCAGUGUAUACAAUGAAAUUUCAAUCAGGGUAAAUGCACCACACCUUUCCUUCCUUA